CUCUCAUGGACACAAACACACCGGGGCCUCCGUGGGCAUGAGGCCACUAGACCUGUUCAUGGGCAUGAACCCGCCAGACCAUUCAUUAAUAUGAAUCCACUAUCCACUAGACCUUUUGUGGCAUGAGCUCGCCAGACCUGCCACAGUGCUUGUGGACUGGGAGCAUAUAUAAAAGCUUCGAACAAUUUUUUCCAAUUCUUCACUCUCGCAAGAGCUCGCAGUAUCCUGUCGCGUUCACACCAUUUCCCUUGCUACCGGAAUUCGCAAACGCAUAAAUCAAUGUCACAAAACCCGUUCUCUUUGCAGCUAGGGCAGAUGCCUGGGCGAGAUCCAAGGAGAUUAGCCAUACAAUCAUCUCUUCUGUACCUUGACAAGUUGGAUCUUCGUGUCCGUGAAGAAAUUCAGGCGACCCGCAGGCAGUUUUUAGAGCUUCUUUACAACCCCCAGUCAAAUGUCACGAUGGGAAAUUUGGACGGAUACGAUAGUAUCCUCGAGUCCCAAGCAGAACUCAAUGAGCUCAGUACUGUUGUCGAUAAUGUUCUUUCAAUGUCCUUCGAUGCUUUGCGAAAGCGCUUCUUCGUGCAACAACCAGCACCCCAUAGCACAUUUUUCGGGGUCAUGGGAGGGCCGUCAGAGGGUGCAAACACUCACUUUGGUCAACCUCCACAAGGCCAAUUUCCCGGCAGCGCCUUCGGUUUCGCCAAUUAUGGGCCCGUUCCUCAACCUUUCCUACCACAGCCUCAGUACUCUGGGACCUUUCCAGUGAUCUAUGACCCGCAUGGUCCGCAACCACUGCUACAGGGUGCGUAUCCUGUCGGCCAAGAUACCAUGCAGGUCCCAGCAGAUCCCACGGAGGGUAAUGUUGAGUUUCCCAAGGAUUUAUUAAUCGACGACUUCUGCGUGCCAUCGACGGAACUCCUUGUAAUCGAACCCGAAGUAGUCGCUACAAGGAUCCGCCCUCGACAUGAUGGAUUCCCUCGUCAAGUAUUUGAUCCAAAGGACAUUGCGUGUCUCAGCUCUCCUAUGACACUUCUCAACGACGUGUGUAUCAAUGGUUGUGCUGCGAUCCUCUAUUCCCAGUUCAAACUCCCGACUGUGGACUGCGCUAUAUUAACCACCUAUGACCUUCCGCGCGUUCGUACCAAUGCAUCUGACGAGCUCAUCUGGCGCAACAUAUCCUGGACUUCUUAUUGGGAGAAAAACGUGUGGAUUCUUCCAAUCCACAGACCAUCUUACGACCAUUGGGUGAUCUGUAUAAUCUAUUUCCAAACCAAUGAACUCCACCUGUUCGACAGUCUUGCUGAACAGGAAUCUUGGGAAGAUGAUGUAAAGGACAUCAAAAAAUUAGUUGGACGGUUCCUCGCUAUAGCACGUAUUAAGCGACACGGCGGCGUUCAGAUUGAACCCGAGGACUGGCAAGUUCGGACGUUAAACGUCAACCCAUGCCAGAGCAACGGUUACGAUUGUGGCCUUUGGAUAUUGGCAGCCAUGAUUGCCGUGUUGCGCGGGCGACAUGUUACAGGCCUUCACGAGAAUCAAAUGAGCGCCUUGCGGCAUUAUCUCCAUAGUCUAGUCUUUUCCAUUCCCUCCAUUCCCCCAGGAACCUGAUACGAUUGCGUUACUGUUGUAUAUUGAUUCUGGCUGGGUCCUUGACCAAUGUAAUUACCUCCCCUGUCGAUAGUUCAGCAUGAGCCUCUUGAAUCUUUUGCCGCGAAAGGA